CUUCUCCCGAGGCCCCUCGGCACACAACGAAAACGGCCGCACAGGACGUCAUCUCCCACUCCACCCCGCCGUUCCCGCUCCUUCUCUGCCCCACCACGACUUGCGCAUGUCCGGCGCAAGGUAAGAGAACGUAAAUACCAAGGCGCGGGAAGCUUGAAAGCCACAGUAACAUUCGUCGUACCUUGCAGCUUACUUGUACAUCUCGUGUCGCACAACAUAAAUAUUUUGGGAAUACAAAUUAUCACUUACGUCCACACGCAUACUUACUAUCUUAUAACCCCUCUACACUUCCAAUUAUCACAUACACCUCUUAACCUACCCCGCCACCACCACUCACCAUCACCAAACCAACCAACCAAACCACCCACCAAACCACAGCAAUGGCACCUCUAACCCCCACCUGGGCCCAACCCUCCCACGGCUCCAUCCAAGAAGUCGUCAUCAACGAAGCGGCAUUCACCUCCAAGUCCCUCUCCAAGAUCAGCGUCGCGCCCUACGGCGUGUUCGCCAAGAUCGAUUUCCCUCCCGCCACGCCGGCGAGCGAACCCACCUAUGCGACGGUGCAGCAGGGGAGGGAUACGCAUUUGAAUCUGAAUAGCGAUUUGGUUUAUAUUAAUCAUAGUUGUGAUCCUAGUUUGAUCCUCGACAUCCCCUCCCUCUCCUUCCUCGCCGGCCCCCGCGGCCUCUCCCCCGGCGACGAACUAACCUUCUUCUACCCCUCCACCGAAUGGUCCAUGGCCCAACCCUUCACCUGUUUCUGCUCCUCCCCCUCCUGCCGCGGGGUAAUCAACGGCGCCGGUUCCAUGAGCCAGAAAUCCCUCGAGGGGAUCUACUUGAACGGGUAUAUCAGGGAUAUGCUUGCCGAGAGAUGGGCGAGGGAGAAUAAGAACGGGGUUAAUGGGGUGAAGAGCGAGGGAAAGGCGAGGGUUAAUGGGGAGAGGGGAGUGACGUCUAGGGAGUUGAGUGGGGAGAUGGGGGGCGAUACUGUUAGGGUUUAG